AACCUUGGGUCCUAGAAACUGAAAGGGGGUUUGUAGUCAUCUGUGCUGUGCGCGGCUAAGCCUUUGACAGGGAGGGUAGCGUUCAAGCAAUACACAUUUGAAGUACUGUACAGAACGUUAUGGCUUCCAUGCUCUUGAAGUCGAUGCGGAGCUCCCCUGUCAGCUCCUCUUGGGCUGUGCAGUAUGCCGCACGAUCCCUUAGCAUGACGACUCAGCUACAGGCUCAAGCUCAGACAAAAACCAAGAAGACACUGACCCGUCCUGGCGUAAAGAACAUAGUACUAGUCGAAGGAGUACGAACCCCCUUCCUAAUGUCUGGAACUACCUAUGCUGACCUGAUGCCCCAUGACUUGGCCAGAGCAGCUCUACAAGGUCUCCUGCACAAAACAAGCCUGCCUAAAGAUGCUGUGGACUACAUCAUUUAUGGAACCGUCAUUCAGGAGGUUAAGACAAGCAAUGUUGCAAGAGAGGCGGCGCUGGGUGCAGGCUUCUCCGACAGGAUCCCUGCUCACACAGUCACCAUGGCCUGCAUCUCCUCCAACCAGGCCAUGACGUCAGCGGUAGGCCUAAUUGCUGCCGGACAGUGUGAUGCCAUAGUGGCAGGUGGAGUCGAGUUCAUGUCGGACGUUCCUAUCCGUCACAGCCGCAAGAUGAGGAAGACGAUGCUGUCGCUCAACAAGGCAAAGACCCUCGGCCAGAGGCUCAGUUUGAUCGGCAGCAUCCGUCUGGCGCACCUCUCGCCAGAACUGCCCGCCGUUGCCGAGUUCUCCACAGCCGAAACAAUGGGCCACAGUGCUGAUCGCCUGGCCGCUGCGUUUGGCGUUUCCAGAGUGGAGCAGGAUGACUUUGCUCUGCGAUCACACACAUUUGCCAAAAAAGCUCAGGAUGCAGGUUUGCUUGAGGAUGUCAUCUCCUUUAAAGUGCCAGGUCGUGAUAUUGUUUCCAAGGACAACGGCAUUCGUCCAUCCUCCAAGGAGCAGAUGGCCAAACUGAAACCAGCCUUUGUGAAGCCUCACGGCACCGUCACCGCCGCCAAUUCCUCCUUUUUGACUGACGGUGCCUCUGCUGUGCUCAUCAUGUCCGAAGAGAAAGCUUUGGCAAUGGGCUACAAGCCGAAAGCCUACCUGAGAGAUUUUGUCUUCGUGUCUCAGGACCCCAAAGAUCAGCUACUCCUGGGGCCAACGUACGCGACACCCAAAGCCUUAGAACGUGCUGGCUUGACCAUGAAUGACAUUGAUGUGUUUGAGUUCCACGAGGCUUUUGCAGGUCAGAUUAUGGCAAAUCUGAAGGCUAUGGACUCUGAUUGGUUUGCCCAGACGUACAUGGGAAGAAAAUCAAAGGUGGGUACUCCCCCAAUGGAGAAGUUCAAUAACUGGGGAGGCUCUCUGUCCUUGGGUCAUCCCUUCGGUGCCACCGGUUGCAGACUGGUAACCACGGUCGCACACAGACUGCAGAAAGAAGGAGGACAGUAUGGACUUGUGGCAGCAUGUGCUGCCGGAGGACUGGGUCACGCCAUGGUGAUUGAAGCAUACCCCCAGUAAAAGCAUGUAAAUUACAGUCACGAACCAACAGCAUCAGACUCCUCACUAGAGCAAACACACACUCUCGCCUGCAUUUUACUUCCGAGCCCAAGUGUAUAGAUUUGCACCGCUUUGCCUUGAAUAGAUGGGAGUCAAUCUCAAGUGGGUGUGAUUGCGUAAAAUGGCGAGAAAUGUUGCCUUUUGUUUUUUUGGGAAUGGGAGACGCAUCAUGUCAGCACUUUGAGCUCAAUGUACCAUGAACAAAGUUAAGGCCUUCAGAAGAACUAAAAUGAUGCCGUUUGUACAUGUUAGAAUGUAUUUUUUUUCCUUAUAAACUGUUGAAAUUAAAGGUUGUGAGGACACAA